UUUACUGUGUCCACGGCAGUCACUCUUUCGCUCAAGAUUCAAAACAUUGAACACUUUCAGCUCAUUUUGUGUUUGACUAAUUGCCCCAACAAAGGUUUUUGAAGUUUCUCUUUUCGUCAUUGCCCUUAACUAAAUUGUCUCAAAAAGAGGUUGUUCCUUUUUCUUGUUCGUUGUGCUCCUAUUGAGUUGAAUACCGAAAAAAGAUCGAUGACCCUUUUCUUAUUGGAAGAAAAUGAAGUAACCGUUUGCAGUUGAACUCAAGAUUUGCUCAUUUCAAGUUCAAAUCUGGCGUUUUCUUGAGGUCAGAAUUGACUUUUUCUUUUAUGGGUAUUGGCCUUUUGUUGACUUCAUUCAAGAUUCGGUUGAUGGUAUUGUGCUCUUCUGUUACAAUGUUUUGAUUCUUGAUAGACAUGGCUUUUCAUUGUUUGAGUAUAGAUCAAUACUUAGAAAAGUUUUGAAUGUUGAGCAAUUGACAGUGUAAGAAAAGUUUUGAAUGUUGAGCAAUUGACAGUGUAUUGUGAUUGACUCUUGUGCUGCUAAAAGAGUCAAAUAGUUGGUUGAACUUUGCUUCGAGGUUGAUUGAGCUUGUGCUGAAUUUGUCAUUAUUGAGGAUAUUUUCAGUGUACUUGAUGUACUAAGAUGGAGUUAUUAUCUAUUCUGGUCUUUAUAAGCUUUCCCUCAUUUUAAGCUAAUAUAGUUUCAGAAAUUUUCAUUAUAUUGAUAGAGUUGGAUAAGGCCUAAGGUAUUAGUUUCGUGUGUCAAAUUCAGUGGACAUCAUAUUGGUUACUUCUGGCAAGAGUCUCUUUGAAACAAUUUAAGGUUGUCUGAUUACUAUUAUGGCUUCUAUUAGAAGAACAUUGUCCCCAGUGCCUCGUCCUGGUAGUACUAUGAAUGGAGAAGCAUGUCUUGUUGCCUCUCCUUUGUCCAAGUCAUCAUCAUGUACUCAUAGCUAUACACCAACUGGUACGUUGCUGUCUUCUCUUGGUUCAUUGGAUUAUGCAUUGUACAAGGUUCAAACAUUUGUACUUGGUUUUUUGUCGCGAAGAUCUUCUAGGCCCCUGGAAAGGUCAAAGUUGAAGGGGCUCAUUUGGAGGAGAGCUCUUCUUCAAUUCUUUUUCUGCUUCGUGCUUGGAGUAUUUAUUGGCCUCACUCCAUUUGUUUCACUAAAUUUGUCAACAAAUUUUAUAUCUAAACAUCAAGCUUUCUCCUUUGAGGUCGAAGAAAAUGCUCGCUCAUAUGACGUAUCUAGAAAUGUGACUUCAACCACUGAGGACUUGCCUAUCGUGGAUAAUUCGACAUCAGAGCCUAACUUAUUACAUGUUGAACUGAAAAAAGAAAUUUCCAACAAUACCUCCUUUAACCAGUCACUUGAACAAGAAUUUAUGUUGUCCCGUAACCUUUUGAUUAUUGUGACACCUACAGAAACUCGGCCAUUUCAAGCAUACUAUCUGAAUCGUCUAGCCUAUGGAUUAAAGUUGGUGCCUUCUCCUUUGCUGUGGAUAGUUGUUGAGAUGAAUUCUCAGUCUGUUGAAACUGCUGAUAUAUUGAGAAGAACUGGAGUUAUGUACAGGCAUCUUGUGUGCAGCAAGAACAUAACUGAUGUGAAAGAAAAAAAUGUGCACCUAAGGAAUGUUGCACUCUCUCACAUUGAAACACACCAUCUAGAUGGUAUUGUCUAUUUUGCUGAUGAGUACAACAUAUACUCUGCUGAUUUAUUCGAGCAGAUGAGACAGAUCAGCCGGUUCGGGACAUGGAUUGUGGCAAGACUAGCUGAAAAUAAUAGGAACGUUAUCUUGCAGGGUCCAAUCUGUAACGCCUCUCAGGUUAUAGGUUGGCACACUGAAGGUAGAGCAAAAAGAUUUCAGAGAUUCUAUGCAGAAAUAUCGGGAUUUGCGUUCAAUAGUACGAUACUUUGGGAUCCUAAGAGGUGGCACCGACCAACACUAGAACCUAUAAGGCAGUCUGAUACAGCCAUAGCUGGUUCCCAAGUGAGCACAUUUAUCGAACAAGUGGUAGAAGAUGAAAGCCAAAUGGAAUGCUUACCAAUGCACUGUUCGAGAAUCACGGUUUGGCAAUUCAACACAGACACGUUGUACCCAUAUCCUCAUGAGUGGCUUGUGAAGAAUUACUCAAGCACCAUUACUUCAAUUGGAUUACAAUUUUGACAUACAGAGAGAUUCUUGAGCAUUAACAAGUGCAGGGAAUCUGCUGCAAAUAUUUAUCGGACCAACCACCGGAAUGCUAUCAGUUAACUACACGCUAUAGCAUCUAGAGAGACGAAGGAAACCAGUUCUCUGCCCCUUCCUGCCUCCCCCGACCCUCCUCUUCCCUUUUCCUGUUCUGCUGCUAUAUCAGUAGAUAUUAAUUUGUACAGUUGCAUAGCGGUGUAAGCAGAAAAAUUGUGGCCAUGUUGGAAAUUAUUUACAACUGAUAGGUGAGUUUCAAGUUCCCAGUCAAUUCUAUCAACCGAAGUUUUUGUAAUCCAAGUUGAUGCUGCAAAGGAGUUUUGUUCUUGAACUGGCUGCAUUUCAGUAAGACUUGUGCAUAUUUUAAA